ACAGAACUUAAAUGACAUCCAGUUUAUAAUCAACACGUGCACGAGCGUGAAUCCCGCGAUAUCAGACUUUGAUCUCUCAGGUGUCUGAUCUACAUUUCAGGCGAGGCAAGGCGCGUCUCAAACAAGCCUAAUGGAGUGGAGUCAACGUUUUUUAAUCAGUUUUAUUUGGAUAAACAUGACACAAUACAACAUCACAACAACAUGAAAAGACUGUUAGCCAAUUCUCACGCUCUCACGCCACACUCCUCAUUUCUCAUGCUGAAGUGUCAAGCCUGAAAGAGUUUAUCUACAGGUCUAUCUGUUGAGGCACCCGCGAUCGCCUAGUUUCACCGCAUUUUACUAGAUAAAUAUCCUGUAAUCUUAUCUAGAGCGAGAGUGCAUGCGAGACAGGUGUUGAGCUCCGCGCACGAUGACAGAAAGAGUUCAAUCCAUCAAGUGAAUACAGACACCAGACCCAGCUGCAUGAUACCCCAAUAAUGCGACGUCAGAGUGUUCAUUUCUUCCUUUUUGGCAUGUUUGUUGGCUUAUCGCUGAGUGGGCUCAUUUUAUUGAGUUACACCAGUUGGUUUAGAAAUCAACAAAUGGAUGAAUUAGGUGGGACAGACAUUGGUUCUUUGACACCAUGGUUGGCCCCAGUUGUUUGGGAGGGAACCUUUGACUCCAUUAUGGUUGACUCUAUCUUCAAACAACAAAACAUCACAAUAGCGACCACUGUCUUCGCUUUGGGAAAAUACACACGUUUCCUCAAAGAUUUUCUGGAGUCGGCGGAGGAGCAUUACUUUGUUGGAUUUCGAGUGCAUUACCACUUGUUUACGGAUCAACCGAAAGCAGUUCCUGAAGUAAAGAUGGGUGAAAAUCAUCAUUUGACAGUUCGGAGGGUUCCGAGUUUGGACCGAUGGCAGGACAUAAGUAUGGGCAGGAUGGAAAUACUAGAAAAACUAAUAAAGAACGAACUGGCCAAUGAAGCUGACUAUAUUUUCUGCCUGGACGUGGAUACAAAGUUCUAUGGCCGCUGGGGGGCGGAGUCUUUGGGUCGUCUGGUCGGUGUGAUACAUCCUUGGUUCUUUGAUUAUCCGAGAGAUCAGUUCACAUAUGAGCGUAGACCAGAGUCUCAGGCAUUCAUUCCAGCUGGGGAAGGUGAUUAUUAUUACACUGCUGCUGCAUUUGGUGGCUCAUUGGAUGAUGUACAUAAUCUCACCAAAACCUGCUGGGAACAGCUGAAAAUUGAUGCUGCGAACUCCAUCGAGGCGAUAUGGCACGAGGAGUCUCACUUGAACAAGUAUUUUCUUUAUAACAAACCCAGUAAACUUCUCUCUCCUGAAUAUCUGUGGCGGGACAUCAGAAUCAGUUCAGGCCAAGUAAAAAAUAUUCGCUUCUCUCACGUAGCUAAAAACAAUGCAGAAGUUCGUCCAAACUUAUAGCAAUCAUGUUUCACAAAAAAAGCAUAGUUUCCCUAUCCCUUAGGUUGGAGACAUAAACCGGUGAAACUGGUUUAACAAAGCAUUGUGAACGAUUUGUAGAUUACAAAUCUGAGUGAAAAGCACAUUAGGGUUCCACAGGGAAAUAAGUUUUGAAUUUGACUGAAUGUGAUGAAUACCUUUGUUAAAUCCUGAUUAAAUAAUGUGGCAUAAUAUUUUUCAGAUGUCUGAUCGAUAAGUUAAUAAAGAUGUGUGUAAUUUAAUGUUCUUGUGAGCUGCGGAUUCGUAAUGACUAGAUAAUCAUAUAAAACAUC